AUGACUCCACAUGUUCCAACAUCGCUUCAUGGCUUUUGCGAUGCUAGCGUACACGCAUACGCAGCUGUUAUCUACACAAGGACGUCUUGCUCCAACGAUUCGAUACGUUUCACACUUCUGACGGCACGCACCAAGGUGGCACCACUCAAGGCCGCUACCAUACCACGCCUGGAACUUUCGGCAGCACUACUAUUAGCUGAGACACUUCAAAACGUGCGAGAUGCAAUGGGUUUGGCUGAUGUUCCCUACUAUCUGGGCAAGGACGAGUCAGAAGUUAUAGUCGCUGAAACUCGUAACACUAAUAAGAUUAUUGUACUCGUUUCACAUCCAUUGUAUACACAUCGUCCAAACGGACAGACUAUUUUGUUAACUGAACGUUUCAGUACAAUUUCCCGCCUCUUGGGCACAAUUGCCAUUAUUCUUCGUUGGUUACAGCGCCGACGACAUCUUCGUCAACCGGUCAUCGUUGCGCAGGAACUAGAUGACGCACUAUACACCAUAAUCCGUUUAGAGCAAGAGGAACAUUUUGCAGAUGAAAUCCGACAUUUGAAGUCUCGUUCAGGUUUGCUAUCCUCCUCUCGAAUAUUGCCUCUAAAUCCAUUUCUAGACGAGAACCAGAUCCUGCGAGUCGGAGGACGAAUUCAUAAAGCCGAAUUAGCACAUGAUCCACGAUUCCCGAUUAUCUUGCCAAAGGCAACGCCUUUGGUGAAGCUCUUAUUACAACAAGCUCUUGAAAUCACGCUACAUGGAGGAACACAACUCAUGCUGCAUACUCUUCGUCGACGAUUUUGGAUCCUCAGUGCCAGACAGGCGGUCAAGAGUUUCAUCCAUAACUGCGUGAUCUGCCGGCGUCACAGAGGGGAAGUGCUAAAGCAACAAAUGGCUUCCUUACCCGGGCAGAGGGUCAGAGCAGCACGGCCGUUCAUUUCAUCUGGUGUGGAUUAUUGUGGACCUUUCACACUACGUGUAGGAACGAAACGUUCGCGAACGCUCAUCAAGACAUACCUCGCCAUAUUCGUAUGUAUGGUCACCAAGGCUGUACACAUUGAAGUUGUAGAUGACCUGUCGGCACAAGCAUUCCUAGACGUUUUCACUCGUUUCAUCAGCAGACGCGGUCCUUGUCGUGAUUUAUACAGUGACAACGGGACAGCCUUUGUUGGAGCUAACCGACUCUUGAAGGAAGAUCUUGCAGCAUGGCAGAGUGAGUAUAAUCAGCGGUUCUUAGCUGACACAGGCACACAUUGGCAUUUCAUCACUCCUAGUGCUCCACAUCAAGGAGGUCUCUGGGAGGCUGCGGUGAAGUCCGCUAAGCGUCACUUGAUACGCUGCGUGGGUACGCAAGUCAUGUGGUAUAGUCAACUGCAAACAUUGGCCGUUAGAAUCGAAGCUUGUCUCAAUUCUUGUCCGAUUACACCCCUGUACGACGAUCCUGAGGACAAACUUGCCUUAACGCCAGGCGAUUUCCUGAUUGGGUCGCCACUCCUGGCGGUCCCUGAACCAGAUAUUCAACAAGUUCCUUCCAACCGAUUGAAACAGUGGCAAUGUAUACGUCAACUUCAUCAAAGAUUUUGGGAUAGGUGGAGUGAGGAGUAUCUCACCAUCUUGGAGAGACGGAACAAGCGGCAGCGACGCACACCGAACAUAAGGGUGAAGGACAUCGUUCUAGUUAAACAAGAGAACAUGCCUCCUUCGCAUUGGUGUCUUGGUCGAGUCAUAUCAGUACAUCCUGGAGCUGAUGGAGCUGUCCGCAAUGUCACGUUGAGAACCUCUAAAGGAUACAUGAACCGAGCUGUCCAGAAAUUGUGCCCCUUGCUAGAAAACGAGGAUUUCGAGUCGGUAGACUCGACCGGGCAGGAUGUUUAA